CGUCACAGCAUCAAAGUGCCAAAGAAUUUUUUUUUUUGAAAAGAUAAAGUGCCAAAGAAUAUUGGAAGGACGUUCUCGACAAGGCUAGAUUAUUGCCGUGCCGUUCUGGUGCGUGCAUAAAUAUCCAUGCAAAUCCCUUCGUCAGAGCUUAGGCACUAAAACAAAGCUAGGUUUCUGAAUAAUCCAGAGCGAGCAAACUGAAGGAGAAAGAGCGAGAGACGAUGAGCCUGCCGCCUGGCAAUGGAGAGUAAAUAAUUAAGCUAUCAUCAUCAUCUAGAAAAAGAAAGCAAGGCAAUAACUAAGCCAACAAGAUGGCUGAGGCCAUCGUGGGGUCGAUGCUAUGGAAGCUGCAGCAGGUGGCGAGCAGGGAGGCGCGGACGCUGGUGGCCGUGAAUGAGGACAUCCGGAGCCUCCGUGACAAGCUCAUGUGGAUGCAGGCCUUCCUACGCGACGUCCAGCCGUCGCGCCGCGUGCAGCCCAACGAGCUCAUCAAGGUGUGGCUGCAGCAGACCCGCGACGCCGUCUUCGACGCCGAGGACGCCGUGGACCAGUACUUUGUCCAAAUUGAUCUCUCAAGAUUCCCUAGAUGGAGCCGUGCCGUCUUCAGUUUCUUUGCCAGUUUCACCACUCAAAUCGUGGUCCGGCGGGACCUCUCCAGCAGGAUCAGGUUGAUCAAUGAAAGGCUGGAGGGGAUCAUUGUGAACAAGGACAGGUACCGGUUGGGAGAGUCUACUACGAUAGGAUCAGUAUGGAGGCCAUCGAGCUCCACGUCUUAUCUCUCAGAAAAGAUGGACGACGUGGUGCUGCCACUAGUGGGACGAGAGGCACUGGUGAACGAUCUUAUGGAUCUGCUUUAUAAAAGCAGUGUAAAUGUUGAAAAUGUGAUCACCGUGACUGGGGAAAGUGGAGUCGGCAAGACAAAGUUGGUGAGGACCUUGUAUGACAGGAAGCAGACCCUGUCUCAUUUUGACAUCUAUGAGUGGGUGAGCUUUGGGCCUAAUCUUAGUGCCUCCGAUGUCCUCAAUAUAAUCAUCGGAAACAUUACAGAUGGAGAGGAAUGUGAGAAGGACAAGAUCAGGGAUAAACUGAAGGAGAUAUUGAAAGGAAAGAAGUAUCUGUUUGUGAUAGAUGCUGAGCUCAGUGACUCAGAGUGGAGCCGUAUUUUUCGUAUGCUUGAUGUGGGUGUCAAAGCUGGCAGCAGAAUAGUGAGGAUUUCACAGAGUCCGCCACAUAAGCCACCCCCACCAUAUCAAGAAAAAAGAAUUGUGGUUCCAAAAUUUGAUGACAAAGAUGAUGUAGUCAUCAAUCUGUUCAAGCAAACCUUCCUAACAUAUGGCAGAGAUGAACUUCCUGAAUAUCUUGAAAAAGCAAUAAAAAGAUACAGAAUGAAGAUUUUGGAGAACACGAAAGGGUUGCCGCUGGCGGUAGUUCUUCUAUCAGGCCUUCUGCGGACCAAGGAGUACCCUAAUGAAUGGAACAUAGUGUUUAAGCACCUGAAGAAGAUGCAGUCAAAGCAGAUCGAUAAGAUUUUAUCCCUCUGUUUUGAUGACCUUCCUUAUGAUAUGAAAUCCUGCCUCCUCUACUUUGCUGCAUUGCCGGUGAAUACUUUUAUCAAGGCAAGGAACAUUGUGUGCAUGUGGAUGGCCGAGGGCUUCCUGGUACCAAAGGCCACAACAGUGGAGAAAGUAGGAGAGCAAUAUCUGAAGGAGCUGAUAGAUAGGCGCCUUGUCAACUUGGCGCCAGUGGGCUAUGAUCUCCCUGGGCAUGCUCGUGUAGCUGUCCAGAGCAAAGUACACGCUUUCCUGCAGCUUGAAGCACAAGAGCAAUGCUUCGUGGAGAUCCACAGUGGUGAUGACAUCCCAGCCUUGUCGGAUGCUCGAUGCUUGUCACUCCAGAAUCACAAAGACAAGUAUGCAGCUCUGUCACACCCUCUACCAAAGCUGCGAGCCAUCCUGUCAAACUUUGAGGCAGAACAAGAGGCUCCACAAGCUGGCGAGAAGCCACCAAAUGAAGCUGGUGGAAAUGGAGAUGGGCCAUGCCUAUACCAAGUAGUCAGGUGCUGCCCUGAUUCGUCAAUGAGAGGGGGCAACAGAAAGAAAAAGCAAGCCAAGUCUUGUGUGCAGGACCUACUACAUAAUUCAAGGUUCCUCCGUGUCAUCCAUUUCCAUGGCCUUGAGGUGGGCAAGGAGCUUCCCGGCGAAAUCGGCAAUGUUGUGAACCUGCAGUACAUUCGAGUUACCUCCUGCUCCUUGGAGAAGAUCCCAUCAUCAAUUGACAGGUUGUGCAACCUCCAAACUCUUGAUGUCCGAGGCACCAUGGUCCGAAGGCUUCCAGAUGGGUUCUGGAGGAUUCAGACACUCCGUCAUGUGCUGGGCGACCGUCUUGUCUUGCCUAAACAUGUCGGUGACUUGAGGAAUCUGCAGACACUCAAAAGCAUAAGGCCUGACUAUGAUGGCGCCCAUGCCUGGGGCAGCAAGACCUUCACCCACAUGACCCGCCUCUUGUACUUGCACAUCCGGCGCGGUAAGAGUCAGGGCAAUCAGGACAUCUUCUACCACCGCAAGAACAAGGCUGCCUUGGUAAAAGCAGUAGCCAUUCUCAAGUACCUUGUCGUCCUCAUCAUAAAAGCUCCUACCAUUCCCUCAGAAGUGUUUACUGGGUCCAACCUCGAACGUCUCCAAGCAAUGGAACUGAUCGGGAAGCUUUUCCUUCCUCAAAAUGGCAUCCUUGAGAUGGAAGUCCGCAAUCGCCUCCCAAACCUCAAGAAGCUGAGGCUUACGGAAACAAUGGUGUCACAGGAAUUCAUCAACCAACUUCGAGGCCUACAGUUCCUUUCCACCCUUGAACUAACCAGAAAUUCUUUCAGGCAGCUUAUCUUCCAGGAUGGAUUUCCCAGCCUCAAAGAAUUGACGGUGCAUGAGGAGACGCUUGACAAGUUGGAGAUACAUGAGUCGGCACUUCCCAAGCUUCGGGAUCUGGAUAUUGUCAGCCAUAGCAAUGAGCGCCGUGUUGUGAUCCAUGGUCAUUCUGAGCUUGUGGAACACAUUAAAGCUGAGGAUGAAGAACUUUCUAAGGUUAUGAACGUAAUAAUACCGCGAGAAGACCAAGUGGAAAACAACAAAGAGUGAGAUUCCAAUGCCUGAAGAUUGAAUCUAUCUGAGCUGAUGUGCUUUUAUUUAUGCUUUUGACGAUUGCAGUGUAUUUCUAUAUGUGCCCAUGUAUUUUAUUCUGUUUAUUUCUGAACCUUGUGUGCUUCUACGUGAUACAAUGUACGUGUCACCCGUUAAUUAUCAUGGUGUGUAUUUGCUAUGUUGACAAGAUUAACAAAAGCUGCAAACUACUUGAUUGCUUGAUU